AUGCCGCCUAAUGCUGGCAGUGAGUUUAACUGUUCAUUAUGCUCAGCUCGUAUUGUCAAUUAUCCGGAAGAUAGGCAUGUUCAAGGCAUUCAUCCUGAUUGGGAGCAAGUUCGCUUCAAAUCCAAACUGCUAUCACGCGGCUUUGCGGCCGUCGACGGGUCUAAAAACUUCGCUCCAGGAGACAUUGCUCACUGCUCCGGCAGCAUCGAGCAGGCAUUUUAUCAGCUUCUCCACGAGCUGCGAAUCCCGCUGCAGCGGUGGGAGCGACAAAGAAAAACACGCCAGCUUAAUCGCUUCUGCAUCGUGAACCGUCACAUUGCGAACCAACAAUAUGAAGUCUUCCUGCUCACGACCUUUGGUGGUUCAAGAAAUGUUCAGCAACUUGGUUUAAUUGCCAGAUACUUCGGGAUGCCAAUGGGAGACACUCAGUGGAUCUACGACACUGCAGGCAUUAGAACAUUCCCCCAUGUCUUUGGCUCCAAAGAGACCAGCUUCGUCUUUGCCAUUCCAGUCAUUGCUUCUGUUGGCGAGGCAUAUUUAAAGAAGGUUAAAUUGGCCACAGGUGAGCUGGAAAGGCUACGAGCGUUUGCCAAGACAAAGAGGCAGACUCUUAUUCGUGACCACCGAGAGAUCCGAGAAUCUCUAUUCAACCGACAUCAAUAUAAGCAUGUUGGUCUGCUUUCACCCGAUUCUGUUGAAAAUGAAUUCCUCCCACAUCAACAAGAAGAGAUGGACGACAUUCUGUCUCACGAAGAUUACCUCGAUGAAGGUGAAAUCACUGCAUAUCCAGAGCCGACGGGCACUCUACCCACUCUCAGGCUGCGCGUUCCUAUCCGACACGACAUCGGUUGGCUCUUGAAAUACGCCUCGAGAGAUGUUUUUCACGGUUCAAAAUUCAACUGCAAGCAACCCCUUCGGUAUCGAAGGCUACUGCCACUCCCUUACUACUCAACAUAUCUUCGGAUUGGCAAGAACAUUAUCAAGCAGCUCAUUCGUUGA